AAUACUCGAUAUAAAGAGGGUAGCAAUGUUCUCAGCCCCUUCAUAUCUUCCGGAAACUUAAAGAUGAAUGGUGAUCGUGCCAAACUGUUUGAAAAAAAACUUAAAACCGCGGAAUUAAAAUGUUUGAAACUAAUCAGUAAAAUAGAGGAUCUUAAACUAAAUAACACAUUUGUAUCAAAACUGGAAUUACCUCAUAAAGUGCAAAUACCUAGUGAAUUCAGGAGGUAUUUUAAAUAUAUUAUAGGGGCGGCUGUAGUUGCCUUUUUAGGCUUUACUCUGUCCUGGAUUUUUAAUCAGUUUUAUACUGAGAAUGACUGCAUUCUUCAAUUGCCAUCAUCGUCCAAGUCUCUCUUUCGACCUCCAGAGGACUGUUCCAUGUGCAUAGACAUAAAAAACGUCACGAGACUAUCAGAUAUCACGGCCGAGGAAUUUGAGGAGCUGUUUGCGUAUACCACUAAACCUGUCAUUGUGACCGAUGCUACGAGAAAUUGGAGAGCUAUAGAAGAAUUUAGCUAUGACUUCUUCGCGGACUUCUAUCUAAACGAGAAGAAAGGAAAGAGAAUAAACGAUUGCUUCUAUUUUUCAUAUAAAUCUGGUUUGAAUUCUCUAGAAGAAGUGUUUACUAUGGAUGAGAAACGCGCCAACCUCUCUGGUGAACCGUGGUACGUUGGUUGGAGCACCUGUUACGAUGAGGAGACCAGAAAGCUGAGGAGUUACUACAGCCGACCUUACUUUUUACCGAAAACGGCCGAAAGUGAUAUGGUCGAUUGGAUCUUUAUGGGAGGACCUGGACAAGGGGCGCAUAUGCAUGUUGACUCAGUGCGUCACAUUUCGUGGCAGGCACAGAUUCGCGGUCGCAAGCAGUGGGAUCUAGCGCCGCCACCCGAAUGUAUUUACUGGUGCGACUGGAUCACCUUUACUGUGGAGCCAGGGGAAAUACUGGUGGUGGAUACAAACCGCUGGUACCACAAGACAACCGUCCUGCCGGGAGACAUCAGCAUCACCAUUGGAGCCGAAUUUGACUGAUACCAUUAUAUUUUAACACAUAAUUGUAAUGCCCAUACAACUAUUAUUUGCGCUAACAACUCUUACUAGAGGUAUUUUUUAUUAGGCCGGUAUCACACCCGCUAAUUGGUGUUCAUGGGCGUCCCGUUGGUCCGUUUGAACCCCUAUUAUAUAAUAAAAAAUAUUAUUAUCACCAGUACAUAAGAAAUAUAAUUCAUAAAUAAAACACCAAUACAAGCUACAAU